UUUCAAACAAAUAACAACCCUCAACAACUAUUUAGAAGAUGAGUGGUGGUCCUGUUCCUGUGUGGCAAAAAUACACCACUGGCUCAAGGGGCAUUUGGGAGAAGAUUCGCCAACUGUUGGUUUUGGUUCCAAACAGAUCCACUGGUAACCCACUUGUUGCUUUGUACCGUGAACCUCCUCCAGGUGCUGAUCCAAACGCAAAGAGCUACAAAGAUGCUGUGACUAUUCCAGCCGGUGAUAUCAAGCAAAACAACUACUUCAAACGUGACCAUCGUCGUAACUACCCAAGAAUCUCCAGUUUUGACCAAACAAAGAUCUCUGGAUUGUUGACUCUAGGUUCAAAGCAGGCUUCAAGAGUUCUCAUCGGUAACGAAGGCUAUAAACAACUUGCAGUUUUCGACAAGGACAAGCAUGUCUACCUGAGCUCUGUUCUCAAACAAGUUCCAGACACCGUUGUUAAUGGUCAAAUCCUUGGUUCUAAUGGUGAACCUGUUGUUGCACCAAGUUUGAACAAAGGCUACUCAUGGGACCUUGUUAAAGGUGAUCAUGGAAUGUACACAGAUGAGUACCCAUGUAGACUCUUCAACACUUACAAGGCAUAAGCCACCUUAUAUAUUUAUCUCUAUUUAUUCCAUCAACCACUUAUUUAUAUAUUUUUAUCGCUUUCUUUUAUUUAUUAAAGCAUUAUAAACAAAAGGAUUCCCAUUAUAUCG